AUGUCGUCGACGGUUUCAAUCUAUGCUGCCAUCAGCACCAGCGAUGGCGUUUACAAACACUGGGGCAUUUUCAUUGAUGCACCCCGGAAAGAUGACAAAGUGUUGCUCCAAGUGGCGGGAUCAGAUGGCCGAUUCCGCUAUGAGCUGGAAACAACAGAUGUUCGACAAUCAGAAAAACUGGUGGAGUUGCUUCCCUUGUAUGAUGUGGAUGUCGCCAAAAUCGACUCCAUCGAGAGUGUCGCGAGUCAGGUCACUGUUCACAAUGAGAUUCGGGGCUGGAAUUGCCAGGACUACGUGCUUGAUCUUCUGGAGGCACUAGAAAAAGAAGGGAUUGUGAACAGCAAAGACGCGAGUUACAAGAAGCAGAAGAGCCUGCUUCAUGGGAAGCAGGAAGGACUGGCAUAG